AUGAAACCCGCCACCUUCGCCGCUGCCAUGCUCUCACUGUGCUUCUCGGUUGUCAGCGCCGGCGUCAUCAUCACGCCCAUCAGGCCGGAGCAGGUCGUUCCCAAGGCGGAUGAUGACUGCUUCUUUGGCGUCACAACUCCCCAGGGGUGUGGAUCGCUCCGAAAUAACUGA